CAGUAACGUAAACUGACCAGAAGGGUCGUAAAUACGAAACCCGAUCCGCGAAGUCGGAUCUUUUGUGCAGCUGCUUCAACGCUCGCAGACCGAACUUGUCUCGAGAUUGAGAAGACGACCCUUGCGAAUUUUAAAGAAAUAAAGAAAAAGCAAUAGCAGUGUGAACGCAACAUAUGGACAACGUGGGAAAGCAUCGAUGCGCGCGGCAGGUAGCAAGAGACAGGAGUUCGUAAAUAGACCGCGGAAGCUUCCUCGAGCGACUGGAAUAAACCGGGAAUUUCACUCAUUUUUAUUUGGUAGAGGGAUUUCUGAUGUGGCAGCUUAAUGCCAACUCGACGUGAAACCAUAAAUCUGUUCUGUAAAACAUGGUGAGAGGGGCUCUUGAAACCGAUGAGCUUACCAGGCAACACUAUGCCACUAUGGAGCACUCUAACUAACGUGAACGUGAUGGGGAUGAUGAUAUUACACAUAGCAAUGAUGGAACAGCCGCAUUGACAAAGAUUAACUGCACUCACUCUCAGUGCACUGCUGCCAAUCAGCAUGCUGCGGAUACUGUCGCUCAAAUUUGGCCGCGUCUACCGGUGUGGCAAGUUCCUCUUCAUCGUAGCUCUUUUUGUGAUCCUGCUGAUGAACACUCACAACCUCUUUGCCUCUUUCCAGAGGAAUGAGCUCACCGACCGGCGAUUCAUCGGCCUCAACAAGUGUCCGGCCUGCUUUGGCACUAGCUGGUGCCGCAAGUUCAUGAACAGCCAGGUGACCUUCGAGAUGUGGGGUCGCCUGCGCUUCCUAGACUUUUUCAACGUAAAGAACGUUUUUUUCGCUCAAUAUGGAGAACCCAGGGAAGGAACGCGCAGGGUCGUGCUCAAACGCCUGGGCUCCAACCAAGAGCUCGCAGAGAUCGAUCAGAAGAUCUGCAAACGGGCCACUGGAAGGCCUCGCUGUGAUCUCAUUCAGGGUAUGUACAAAACAGAGUUCGCCCGACUUAACGGGGACGUAAGGCUGCUGACCCCAGAAGUGGUGGAGGGCUGGUCGGAUCUGGUGCACUGCCCGUCGCAGAGGCUUCUGGACCUGGUCAGGAGGUACGCGGAAACCAAGGACUCUGGAAGCUUCCUGCUGAAGAACCUUAAGGACACGGAACGAAUGCAGCUGCUGAUGACGUUGGCGUUCAACCCUGAGCCACUUGUGCUGCAGAGUUUUCCCUCCGAUGAGGGCUGGCCGUUUGCCAAAUACCUGGGGGCCUGCGGCCGGAUGGUGGCGGUGAAUUACGUGGGCGAGGAGCUCUGGAGCUUCUACAAUGCACCCUGGGAAAAAAGAGUGGAUCUGGCCAAGCAGCUGAUGGACAUCGCCGAGCAGCUGACCAACAACGACUUUGACUUUGCCCUUUACCUCCUAGACGUGAGCUUCGACAACUUUGCAGUUGGGCCUCGAGACGGAAAAGUCAUUGUCGUCGAUGCAGAAAACAUCAUAGUGGCGGACAAGAGACUGAUUAAGCAAAAUAAACCAGAGAACUAUGACGUGUGGUACGAGAGCCGCUACGAGGAAUGCGACAAAGAGGCCUGUCUCUCCUUCUCCAAGGACAUCCUCUGCUCUCGAGUCACCGUGGACCACAAUUACUACGCUAUCUGUCAGAACCUGCUCUCCAGAUUCGCCACCUGGCGUGGCACUACGGGCGGUCUCCUCCAUGACCCCCCUGCCGACGUGGUCAAAGACGGCCGCCUCACAGCCCUGCUGGACGAGUGCACCCGGCCUCAGAAACAGUACGGCCGCUUCCAGGCAGCUAAAGAACUGCGGGAGUUCCUGACACAACUCACACAGCUGAGCAAUACUAACAGGUAGUGUCCAGAACAGGGGACGUUCUGUGCCCCCCCCCCCCCACCCCACCCCACUCAAAAAAGACCUCUGAAGUACUUUUACACAUGUGCUACCAGAUUCUGGAACACAUUCGUUCACCUUCAAGGGAGUCGCUAUUUCGUUGCCGCUAUCAAUCAUGCCAACAUUGGCUCCAGUCCUGUCCGGGGCUAAUUAAAGAAGUUUGCACAUGAACAUGGAUUAAAGGGUCGUGUGAAAAUCAGCAGAAUACAGGCUCAAACUGCUGUGAUCACACUGGUGUGUGUGUGUAUGUGUGUGUGUGUGUGUGAGAGAGAGUUGAUUGUAAUAUCUGAUGCUUCAGUGAAUACCCUUGCUGCUAUUACAGGUUCUGAUCAGGAUCCUGUAAUACGGUUUCUAAUUAAUUUAUAAAUUGGGUGCUGUAGUUGCACCGUGAGCAGGGGUUAUAACUGAAGUGACACAGGGAGCUUUGUUUAUGUUUGGGUGAAUCUUAACAAAAACAUGUCCAGGUCAUGUUUUAAUCCAAAACAAAAAUAAAUAAAAUGCAUUCCUGUUUUGUCCCGGAAUAUAAUUAUAUUUUAGAAGCAUUUUUCAUUGAGUUUGUGCGUGUUGUUUUUUUUUUACAUUAUCAUAAUGCCAAAAUGUUUAAGGUUUUUGUUUGUUUGCCUGUUUUAUUUUGUUGUUGUUGUUUCUUUUUUAUUCUGUUUUGUUUAAUGUUGUGUUUUUGUUUUGUAAAACAAAAGAUUAAAAUGCUGUUUAAAAGAUUUUAAUUCUGCAUAAAUUUAAAGCAGUAUAAUUAUAAUUUUUUUUAAAUAUAAAUUUAAAACGGUAUACAUUUUUCUUUAAGCAAAUUGAGAUUUUUGGGUGAAAUAUCACUAGGACAUGUUCUUGACAAGCUUUGAGAUUCAUCCAUUUGUGUUUUAUUUUAGUCUCUAUAUAUUCAAUUAACCACCUGGUUUCUUUGCUACGGGAAGUGAAGUCUUAACUGAAUUUGUAAGUGUGCUUGGUCAAAUUAUGCCUCUUAUCGAGGAGAAAUUUGAUCAAGUGUUUCCUGUUACAAUGAUCCAUUUUGAUGAGACAUCGAUGCUUUUUUUUAAAAAGUGGCAGUCAUUGCCAGUGAUGGAUAGUUGGUGGAUGGAUAGUUGAUUUAAAAAAAACAACCCUGAAAUGAAAAUACAAUAAGGAGAACAAAAUGGGUUUGAAACAACCAAGUAUGCAAGAAUAAAAAUACCAAAGAAUAUUGUCACCGUUGUGUGGUUCAUUUUGUUCUUUUAGCAAUGCUUUGACCAAGAUUGUUCAAAAGGGAAACGACAAUAAAGCUCUUAUUUUUCCUGUUUCUAUCUUCAUGAGCCUGUUAGUGUUGUUCUUUUUAUCACCACCUUUUUUUUGUUUGUUUGUUUGUUUUGGACCAAUGCAGUUUAAUUUCUCAUAUGCCGGCAACCAUGACAUACUGUCGUCUUCACUUCCACUUGCAUUGUGUUUACAGAGACAAGUUGCACUACAUUGUCAGAUCAUAGUUUUUCAUUAUAGACCCUUUAAUAUUUGCCCUCUUAUCAAUUUUGUGUCCUUAAAUAUUUUGUGUGCAUAUUUUAAUGUUCUUCUUUUCCCCCUAACAAUGUUACUCAUGUGCCACUUUCCAUGCUUGUAAUAAGCAAUAUUAGGGGUUGAUUGAGCCUAAUGAAUUAUUGCUUUACAAAUUUCUAUUUCAUAUUGAUUUGUAGGCAUUCCAACUUUUGAAAGUUUGUUAAAAUAUGAUUUAUUCUGUAAGAAAAGUCUGCUUUCUGUAUGUGUUUGUUUUGAGACUAAGGAAAAGUCUGGUUGUACUGUGCCUUUCAUUCAAAAGUUGUAUUUUUGACUGGAUGAGAAUAUGAAAUUAUAUUAAAAAUAUCUAUACUUA